AUGCAGAACAUGAUGGAUGGGCACCAUCAGCUCGCUAUGAUGCAGCAGCAGCAGCAGCAGCAUCAGAACCACGGCCAGCAGCAGCAGCAGCAGCCGCAAGCAGCCACGAGUGAGAGCGAUGCACACGGCCCACGCCACGACGAGCUGCUGAUGGAGAGCAAGUCUGCCAGCGACAACAUGGAGGGAGGUGCCGGGUCAGGCUCCGGUGGUGAGGAGCUACAGGAGCAUCUCAGCCUGCAGCCAGCCCGCAAGAAGCGGUACCACCGCCAUACCCAGCACCAGAUCCAGGAGUACCCGCACCCUGACGACAAGCAGAGAAAGGAGUUGAGCCGGGAGCUGGGACUGGAGCCUCUCCAGGAGCAUAUAGGCCGACAGGUGAAGAAGCCAACAUCCAUUAUAGGCACAGAGUUGAAGAUGUCGACAUCCAUUGGCCAAAAAAGACAUAGCGGAAUUAGAGCAAUUCCUUAG